ACGGUUCAGAUGUUUUAUUCAAAGGCAGCAUUCAAAGGUUAUACAUAGAAAAUACCUGACUAUAACACCACAUCCAAUAUCCCACACUCAAGUAUUUACACGAAUAACAAUAUGCAUGUAUCAAUAAAAUAUGUGAGUGUAUUUCUAUUGAAGGCAAACGUCUACAUUUCUGUUCAAAAUCAAUAUAUGCUUGUUUCAAUUUCUCCGUCGUGGAACAGCACGCCUAGGUGAGCGUUCUGCGUGUGUGGUCGCCAAAGAUACGCUGGCAUCCCGAGCGGUUUACUGCUGAGCACUAUGUUAAUCAAGAUCACAGUUCUAACAAGGACUGUGUUAGAUUAUUUUGUUGUUGUUGUGGAUGAGUCCGAUGCAUAGCCAUGUUGAACGAAACGAUGGAUAUGUUUUGGACAAGGUCUCCUUCUGAAGGGGAGAUUCCACGAUUUGACAGUGACAACAUUCUGUCCUAUUUGGCUUCUCUCCGGAAGGACAAAAACGCCACAAGAGGAAGGGAAAGGUUUCGUGAAGGAUACAUUCACAACGUCUUUGUCACCAAGCCUAACGGAAGUGACAGGAUGUACUUAAAGGCAAAAUGUGGACAGAAGACGUAUCAACAUUGUUACGACAUAUGUGUCGAACUAUCCCGGAGCACGGCCGAUGUCGUAAAAGCUGAAUGCACGUGCAAUCCAUAUAGGAAACACACGGCCGCCUGCAAGCACGUUGUCGGGUUGUUGUAUGAGUUUGACGACUUCUGGCAAUCGGGACUUACGGAGCUGCAACCUCAGUACCAUCCUCACGAACACGUGUGUCGGAGAAGGCCGAUCAACGUCCGGGAGGGUUCUCGGUAAACAUCGCGAACACUAUUUCAGAAACCAAAGGUUGUAAAAAAACACUGCUGAUUGUCGAUUUGUACUGUAAUCAAAAUAUGAAAAAAAUUGCUACGAGGUCUUCAUAACUCGAAAGUCUCAAUGACCCAAACUGGUGUAGUGUUAGCGAUGUAAUAGUUUUUUCUGCUAUAACCGAUUUCGUUAUAUCGGGGGGAACAUUAAGAUUAAUUUUGUUUGGAAAUAGUCAAGAAGGAAUGAGUGAGUGAGUUAAACUUGAACGACGCGGCGGCGUUAUUUCAUCAAAGUUGCCACAAGAACAAAUUAUUGAUAGCUCGAAGCAUGUUAUAUAAAUAAACUGCAGGUCAACUAUAGAACUUGGAAAGUAAAUUUGACCCAGAAACUACAAACGUCAAAACGUUAAUAGGCUGAAAACAGUCUCUGAUACACUGCAAACUUAUGGCCCGAACUAAUUUAUGAUACCCGUAUUUAAUACAUCACUAAGGAAUAGGGGGCACGGGUGGCCCAGUCGUCUAAGGCGCCGCGAUUCGCUGUGCAGAGUUGCGUCCCUUGGGCACUCCAGAAACCUAUGAUUGUGGGU